AUGUCUGCUGAAAAACGUUUAAUCAAAGAAUACAGUUUAUACAAGAAACAACCACCACACACCAACAAUCAUCAAAUAAUGCAACUAGCUCCAGCAACCGAUGACUCAUUACUCCACUGGCAAGCAACUAUUGCCAAGCCAAGUAAACAAGAUUCCUCUUUCUACUAUGGAGGUGUAUGGAAACUAGCUAUUGACGUACCUACCAAUUACCCCCAACAACCUCCGACUAUCAAAUUCGUUACUCCGAUAAUCCAUCCCAAUAUCAAUUUUCAGACUGGUGAAAUAUGUCUUGAUGUGUUGAAAUCGCAGUGGAGUCCCGCUUGGAAUUUGGAAAACCUUGUCAUUGCAAUUUUACAACUUUUGGAUAAUCCUGAACCUGACUCCCCCUUGAAUAUUGAUGCUGCUAAUUUAUAUAGAUCAGAUAAAGUUGCAUUUGAGAGUUUGGUGCAGUUUGAAAUUUGGAAGUGUGGUAAUUUUUAUCAAUUGAAUUUAAGUACUUUGAGUCAAAUGGAUAAAAAACUGAGGUGUUUAAUUAGAGAUGUAUCUGGGGUGAAAUGUAAUUAG